UUUGACCGUGACGUCACGCGUUCCUGUUGAGAAGAUCAACAUGGCCGAUUAGCGGUUCGCUGAAUUCCUGUGUUACGCGAGAAAUACAAAAAUGACUUCUGGAGACACGAACGUCAAGGUUGCAGCUCGUUGCCGGCCGUUCAAUGAGGGCGAGAAGGGAAGGGCGGCCACAAGGGUGGUUAAAAUGAGUGCUGAAAAAACAGUCAUUCACAAUCCACACCCUGGUACAAAUACAAAGGAGCAUACCUUUAGUUUUGAUCAUAGUUACUUUUGGGACACCAAAACAGAGCAAAUAUUUUAUGACCUGGGUUCCCCAUUAUUGAAGAAAGCUCUGGAUGGUUAUAAUGCAACCCUCUGUGCCUAUGGACAGACUGGAACAGGUAAAACGUACACCAUGAUGGGAACUGAAGAGGAGCCAGGUAUUAUUCCUCUGUUAAAUCAAGCUCUGUUCAAGCACAUUGAUGAAGCUCCCCCAAGCAAACAGUUCUUUGUCACAGUUUCAUUUUAUGAGAUUUAUCAAGAAAUGAUUCAUGACCUUCUGAAUCCAACUGGACAAGAUCUCAGGGUCAGACAGCAUCCACAACUAGGAAUUUUUGUUGAAGGUCUUGCUGAGCUUGUUGUUCAGAAUAGUGAAGACAUUGUUCGUCUCUUUGAACAAGGAAACAGAGUGAGAAAAAUGGCAUCUGUUGACAAGAACUCUGGUGGAUCAAGAUCAGACUGUGUUUUUACCAUCCAUGUUGAGCAGAAGAGUAAUGGUGGAUCAACUGCAAAAGGAAUUAGAUCAAAGAUAACCUUGAUUGAUAUGGCAGGAUCUGAGCACAUGGAGGGAGUUGACCUUAACAUUCAAAGCGAAGGUGCUUUCAUAAACAAAGGGAUCAGUGCUAUGAAUGCUGUCGUCACUGCUUUAGCAGAUCCCAAGAGAAAGGAAGGCCACAUCCCGUACAGAGACUCAAAACUAACUAGAAUAUUGCAGGAUUCACUUGGUGGCAGUGCAUGUACAGCCAUGAUCAUGACUGUGUCGCCAGCAGACUCUGAUUAUGACGAGACACUGGCAUCAAUGCAGUGCGGAAAUAAAGCAAAACUAAUUGAAAAUGCUGUGAAGAGAAAUGAGAUAGAGAACACUAAAAUUAUUCAGGAUUUGAGGGACGAGAUAGCACGCUUACGAGAGAAGCUAGCGACUUCUGGCAGAACUGGAGGAACAAGCAAAGAUGAUGUGCUACAGAUGGAGGAGCUUAUAAAAGAUCUUCAGACAGCUAAACGGCAAACUUGGGAAGAAAGAGAGAGAUUGUCGGAGCAUUACGAUGAAGAACGAAGAAUAACGUUGGCUAACAAGGGUAUUUUGGACUGGGUCAUGGACAGCACGAAAAGAGAUAACAAAGAAGUACAAGAAAAACUGAUGGCCCUACAGAAAGAGAAAGAUCAGCUGACGGCUGAGUUCAAAGAGAAGCGAAAACUUGUGGAUGAACUGAAAGAUGAAUUGCAAUCAAAGAUUGCUGAUUACUCCAAGAUGGCUGAAUCUGGCAAGAGUAGCGAGGAAGAGAACAAGGCCAGAGUAGCCGCUAUACACGACUUGAAGGAGAAACUCAAGGGUGAAAAUGAUGAGCUGAAGAAGAUUAAACACAAGCUGAAAGAUGUGCAGGAAAAACAGAAAGCCGAAAAAGAGGAGGCCAAGUCGCAAACCACCUUUUUGAAAGGAAAUGCGGAACUGAGAUACAGAAUAGAGAGCGAACGGCGCGAGAAACAUGAGAAAGAGAACGCUCUUACGUUGGCAGAUGAAGUGGAUCGCGUUAAAAUGGAGGUGGAGCAGGAAAAGGCUGAGCUGCAGUUGAAGGCUGCAGAGGGUGCUCAGUACAGCACUGAACAGGCCAUCAAACUGGAAAUGGAACUGGUUGAGUUGAAAGCUGAGCGAACUGUUAUGUCACUGCGGAUUCAAUCGAUAACAGAGGAGAAAAAGCGCUUAAAGGCAGACUUGGAAGAGGCUUACAAGAGACAUAAGGAAGAACUGGAAAUUCAACAACUACAACACUUCCAGACAUUUCGCAACUACCGAGAAGUGUUCGAGGAACAGAAAUCAGCCAUUGAACAGCGCUACCGAACACUGCUGGAAGAGGCGAUACAAGACGCUGUGUUCCUGUCCACAAGAAAUCAGGAGCUUAUGCACGAGAACCAAGUGCUUAAACAAGAAAUGGCCGAGCUUAAAGACCAGCUGUCUCUUGGAGGAGCAAACGUCAACCAAGCUUAGUCUAACACUCGACUACGACAAGAAGAAAAUAAUUUUUUUGUUGACAAAAUCCACUACUUUGUGUAGUUAAGGUUUCCUCUUAUUUUCUCAAGUCCUGUUCGGUAAUUGCUUCUUUAUAUUUAUUUGCACGCUUAGAGGGUCGGGGACAGGGCGGGGAAGCUGCGAUGAAUGUUAAGUUAGCUUCGUUCGCCUGCCGGUCAGGUGAUACUACGGCAGAACGCCUGCGAGGUGCGCGCGACACAACCACGAGGUUACCUUGAGGCCACCGCGCGGGUCGAGUGCAUGUACAAUGCAGAGCUAGGUAGUUCUCGUUUUCUUUGUAAGUUUUACACUUAAUAGUGAAGAAGUCAAUUUGUAAAAUAAUAUUUUUUACCUUUGUAGUUCUCCGUAAGCCCCAUUCAGAUCCUCUAAGUACUAAUUUAGUUUUAUUUAUAAUCUUCUCAAGCACACUGUAUCAUGCUGUUUUAUCUCAGUAUGAGAAUCGUUGUCUAUUUUUAUUAGGGUUAAAUGCGUUAAAAUAGAGUCAUGCGAUUCACACAGCGAGACUCAACAAACCUUUUGGAAAUUACUUUUGACUAGAAAGUACUGUCGGAGGUGUUUGCCGAUUGCUGACAAAAUAUCUUGGUUCAUAGAAACUUUUACUGAUGCAGUGUCCUAUGUCGGAGGAAUUUGAAAACGCAGCUUUAUUUCUAAAGGUUAGGCCUACCGUCCGCGCAAAUCCGUCACGAAAACGGAUCGGAGCUUCUCGAAAACGCUUUCCAAACCAGAUGAAUUUGAGUACACCGGCUUUGCGUUUUAGUGUGGAUGAAAACAUUUUGAAAACGGAGCUUUUUGAAAACGUUAGCGUCACUAUAAUCAUUUAAUCUCCCUGACCGAGUUUUCCACAAACACAAAUCCAAAAUGACCUGUGAUUGUUGCAUUUUGAAAUUCCUUCGGUGAAGUGUGGACGGAGCCUGAUACAAUUAAGCUAUGCUCCUGGUUAGGCGUUAGCGCUUUUGUGUUCGAAUCAAGUGAUUUAUCUUGGUUCGAAUAUUUUCCAGAAAGGAAGUUUGUCUCUCGACUGUGUACAGCCUGAGGACCCUGGUCUGUAUCUUUUUUUGCGUUUGCACUUUAUUAACUGCGAUUUAAAAAUCGCUCAAUUAAGAUAAUUCUGCGUUAUGUCAAGACUCAGUUGAAUGUUCAUAUGCGUUAAUUUAAGUAUUUAUAUGUAUAGAUAUGUCAACGAUUUUGGUAUAUUAAAAGCUAUUUUGUUCUAAACGAGGCCUAUUUAUUCUUGGUGAAAUAUUUCGUUUUGUGGAAUUAUCUCCAUGCUUAUAGUUGAGCUUGAGCUUUUGAAUGGCGAAUGAAAGUAUCUUUCGAUCUUACAAAAAAAAAA